CAAGUGUCGCAGCCACAGAAGAGAGAGAGAGAGAGAGGGAGAGAGAGACUCAAAACGCCAGAAAUGGCAAUUCCAGCAGCAAUCUCAGCCAAAAACCUCUCCAUCAUCCUCCUCCUCGUCAUCUUCACGAUCAUCUCCGGCCCACUAGCCAACGCCGGCGAUCACCAUCAACUUGGGUGGCUCCCAUCUGGAUCUGCCUGUACUGGGUCAAUCGCAGAAUGCCUGGCAGGCGACGAGUUCUCCAUGGACUCAGAGAUCAACCGCCGCAUCCUCGCCACUAGCCAGUACAUCAGCUACCAAGCCCUCAGGCGCAACAGCGUCCCUUGCUCGCGACGUGGCGCUUCCUACUACAACUGCAGGCCUGGGGCCCAGGCCAAUCCGUACCGCCGUGGGUGCAGCGCCAUCACACGGUGCAGGAAUUAGUUUCUCUCCAUCUCUUUCCCUCUCUUCUUCUUAUGUGUUUGUGAUAUGUUCCAACCAUGUUAGUGUUUGUUAUUAUACAUUGAUGAGAGAGAGAGAGAGAUUGGAUGGUUUUUCUUGUUUCCAAGAGAUGCUUCUUAUCUUGUUCUGUUUAAACUAUAAUUAUUAUUGGGUUUGUAUGUGUAAAACAUCAUUCAUUUUUAGAACUGAAUUUUAUUGUCAUUUUUUUUA